AUGUCAUUGUCUUCCUCUAGUGGUAAUAAUUGUGGUCAUUGUUUUGUUCGUCACAGAAUCUGCCUCGCCUGUAAAAAGAAGCUGUGCGGUGUCGAAGUCCGAGGAUUUGAUUAUCUUUUCCCCGGUUUACAUCUGAGCCAUGAAGCUGUAUCUUUUACAAAGUGUCUCACAACCCUAAUCUCAAUAUACAAACACAAGAAGCUUCACUUGGUACUGGACUUGGACAACACCCUAGUCCACUCCGUUAAUAUUUCAAAACUUUCUGAUGCAGAGAAGUAUCUCAUCGAAGAAGCAGGAUCAGAUUUGAAGAAUAAUCUACAGACAUACCAUGGCAGAUUCAUAAAGAUUCGACCUUUUGUUAACGAGUUUCUUGAAGAAGCCAACAAGCUUUUCAACAUGUAUGUUUACACAAAAUGCACUUUCCGAUACGGUCAAGCUGUUGCGAGGAUGAUUGAUCCGAACAAAAUCUAUUUCGGGGAUCGAGUGAUAACCAGAAAAGAGAGUCCAAACAGGAAGACACUUGAUCUUGUCUUAGCUGAUGAGCGUGGAAUCUUGAUUGUCGAUGAUUCUCUUGUUGUUUGGCCUGAUCACAAGCAAAACUUGUUGCAGAUCACUAGGUACGUUUAUUUCAGACAGGACUACAAAAACAUAAGGGCGAAUUCAUCGUUCGCAGAGAUGAAGAGAGACGAGAGUGCAAACAGAGGAGCAUUGGCUAAUCUUCUGAUAUUCCUCAAGGGGAUUCAUAAUGGAUUUUUUAGCUGUGGACUUGAAGAAGAUUUAGAUUCAAAAGACGUUAGGUCGUUGAUAAAGGGUCCCUCUAUUCCAAAGCGAUGUUGA